AUGACAGAAAUAAAAUAUCUCUAUGGUAUUUUAUGUUUGAUUUACUAUUUACUGAUUGUGUUGUGCAACAUUGCUGUAAUAAUCACUGUAUUAAACCACAAGCCAUUACACGAGCCCAUGUAUAUCUUUAUAUCAUUUUUGUGCAUUAAUGGUCUAUACGGAGGUUCUGCAUUUUUGCCAAAUCUUUUUUUCAACCUUCUUCAGACAAUUCAAACCAUAACUUAUGGGGGCUGCUUGACACAAGUGCUUUGUAUUCACUCUUACAUGGGAUGUGAGCUGACCAUCCUGGCAGUGAUGGCAUUCGAUCGGUACGUGUCUAUCUGUUACCCACUGAGAUAUCAUAGUAUCAUGUCCGUAAGCAUGGCUUUCACACUGAUUAUCACAGCCUGGUUGUACAGUAUAAUUUUAUUCUCUAUUCACUUUAUACUCACAAUCAGACUUCCUUUGUGCGACUCGGUGAUACUGAAGAUCUACUGUGAUAACUGGUCUGUUGUGCGACUCUCCUGCAUUGAUACAACGAUAAACAAUAUAUUUGCCAUUUUUAUCACUGUGGCAUUGAUCGUGAUGAUGCCAUUGCUUAUCAUGGCCUCGUACAUUGAGAUUUUAAGAGUAUGUGCUCGAUCAUCGAAGGAAGUCAGGGAAAAAGCCUUACAGACUUGCACUCCUCAUCUGAUAACUAUGAUUAACUAUGUGGCUGAUGUGCUUUUUGAAAUUUUUCUCCACCUACGACUUUACCUUACGAACUAA